GACAAAGACAUGGACACAUGUGGAACUGAGCGAGAUAAGUGAGAAGGGAGAAGAAAAUGGUGAAAACUAAAUGAUGGAAACUAUGAAUGAAGGAAUGGAAGCGAUUCGCGCCGAGAUGAGGGCGACGAGAGAGGAGUUCUUGACCGACUUCAAGGAGAAGCUGGAAGGGGUGACAGAGGAAGUCAAAAAGAUCCAGGAGGAGAACGCAAUAAAAGACAAGCUGCUGCGGGAGCUGGGGUACAAAAUUGAGGCGAUGGACCAGCUGGGAAGACUAAAUGAGGUGAUUGUGACUGGCCUCAAGAUUAAGCGUCAGAGCUAUGCAAGGGCGGCUGCGCCAUCGGACGAUCGGUCGCUGCAACCUGAUGAAUCAGAAAUCAAAUCUGUACAACAGAGAGGUGAAUGGAGCUGUCGUGCUGAGAUUCACCAACAGAAGUCAUAAGACGGCACUGCUGAAGCAGGGCAGGAAGCUCAAAGGCUCAAACGUCUACAUCAACGAGAAUCUCACCAAAAAGAAUGCUGACAUCGCCAGAAAGGCACGUCAGCUGAAGAAAGGAGGCAAGAUCCAACACACCUGGACGGCAAACUGCAGAAUCUACAUUAAAACAAAUGGAGCUACACCAGAAGAAGUCAAAACAACUAAGCGGGGGGCGGGGUUACAUCGCCACACCUUACACCUUCAACCUGUGCGAGUGGGUGUGGCCCCGAUACUGCGAAGGUCUGAUGACACAUAACGCCAGAUCCACGGAGAGGGACAGUCAUGGGGAAGACAGGUGGACGAGGCGACUUUGAAUGGGUCUACACGGACCAGCCUCACACUUCGAGAAGAAAAGAAAUACUCGCCAAAUACCCAGAGAUCAAGUCCCUCAUGGGUCCAGAUCCCCAGUUGAAGUGGGUCGUAUCAGGCAUGGUCCUCACACAGCUCCUGGCCUGCUACCUGGUCCACGACCUCUCCUGGAAGUGGAUCUUCUUCUGGGCGUAUGCCUUCGGAGGCUGCAUCAACCACUCGCUGACCCUGGCCAUCCACGACAUCUCUCACAACGUGGCGUUCGGAAACAAGCUGGCAAAGUGGAACCGCUGGUUCGCCAUGUGGGCCAACGUGCCCAUCGGACUGCCCUACUCCGCCUCUUUCAAGAAGUAUCACAUCGACCACCAUCGGUAUCUGGGCGGCGACCAGCUGGACGUCGACAUCCCCACUGAGCUUGAGGGAUGGUUCUUCUGCACGCCGGCCAGGAAGGUCCUGUGGCUCUUCCUUCAGCCCUUGUUUUAUGCCCUGCGCCCCCUGGUGGUCAAUCCUAAACCGCUGUGUCAGCUGGAGGUCCAGAACGCACUCGUUCAGCUGGUGGCAGAUUUAAUUAUCUACCACCUGUGGGGGCUGAAGCCCAUUGUUUACCUCAUUGCAGGAUCCAUCCUGUGUAUGGGACUGCAUCCCAUUUCUGGACAUUUCAUCGCCGAGCACUACAUGUUCCUGAAGGGACACGAGACGUAUUCGUACUACGGGCCGCUGAAUCUGAUCACCUUCAACGUCGGGUAUCACAUGGAGCACCACGACUUCCCCAGCAUACCUGGCAGUAAACUACCUCAGGUGAAGAAGAUCGCUGCAGAGUAUUACGACUCGCUGCCUCAGCACACGUCCUGGAUCCGGGUUCUGUGGGACUUUGUGUUCGACGACAGCAUCGGCCCCUACGCCCGAAUCAAGCGGAAGUACAGCCUAAACAAGCAGGGAUAAAUGUGACUGUGACUGAUGAUACAGGAAUGUGAAUUUCAGUUGUAAAAAAACCACAAAAAAACAAAAAACAUUUGGACCAAAUCAGUAAUAUUCUCUAGUUUAUAGACGUUUUUGUUGUUGUUUCCCAGUGCAUUGUUUUCACUGUAUGUACUGUACAUAGGUAAUGGACGGUCUUAAUUUGGUCCCUCUAUGGACAAUGUUUGUACAGCUAUGGAUUUCCUCGUCCCAUUAUUUAUUCAUGCAUUAACGCUGUAAACACCUUGUAAAGAGGGAAGUGACAUUAAUAGCAUAAAUAUUUAUAUAGUAUUGAAUUUGAACACCCGUGUUCCUUGCGAGACAAAGGUCGCGCGAGCACAUUCUCAAGCAGAUAAGGAUUAUCGAGCCGUCAGUUCCUCACCUGUCUGUAAACAUUAGGCCUCUUAAGUUAAGGAGUUCACCACAAAGAGCUCCUCAGACCCCAGUGACCCACAAUUUACCACCACGUAAAACAGCACACAAGUGGGAAAACAAUCAUUAAAAACUUACUUUUCAGUAAGAAGAGCUUUUGUUGUUGAUGUUCUUCUUCUUCUUCUUCUUGAUACCUCAUUUGGCUUCCUGCAGACAAUAGGAGAACAAAAUGUCUGGCGUUUGUGAGACGGUUGAAUGAACCCAGUGGUACACAAUUUAAAAAAAAACCACCCGGGGACACACACACGGCUGCCUGAACUGUGCACAAGCACAAAAGUGUGAAAAAAUCAUCUAAGACAUCUUAGGAAAGAAGUGGUGAUCACAAAAGCAGAGCUUGUGUUUUUGUCCGUCCACUGUACAGACAAUUUAAAUAACCAUCAUGUGUUGUUUGUGUUUAAAUGUUCAAUGAUAUAAAAACCGACAAAGGAUCUUUAUAAGAGGAUUUUACUAUAAAGAAAUGAGUUUGUGGUUGACUGA